GUGUGUGUGUGUGUGUGCGUGUGUGUGUGUGUGUGUGUGUGUGUGUGUGAGAGAGAGAGAAAAGGGGGAGGGAUGGAGAGUGAGAGUAUACUGAGAUACUGAGAUCUGUCAGAUUCAAACACACGACUCUCUCCUCCUCGCCGUCUGUGCCAUGAAGGGAAGGAGGGACGGGAGGAGAGAUCUGAGGAAAAGGUAGAAGGAGACGGCACAGAGUGAGGCCAGUCCAGCCCAUGGAUCGGCGAUCCAUGGACACACCCAACCGGCCUAACGUCCCUGGCGAGUGCGGCCGAUCGACGCUGAUGAUGCCCCUGCUCUGCGUCUGGCUGUAGGUCGAGCGAACGGUCGGGGCGGGGGGACGGGGGGGGGGGAGAAGAAGGUCACAGACCGCGGAGCCAGUACAGGCUCUGAGGUUGGAAGGUUAAAGAAGAAGAGGACUCGUGGAGAGACUUGCAUCAUCGGGGAGCGAAGAUGAUGACAUCCCAUGGGAAAUUGAGGAGGGAGAAGGGCAGCCUGGCCGAGUAUGAAUCACAGAUGAAAGACCUGCGGGCCCAGCUAACCGACCAGAUCAAGAUUUUGGACUCCCAGGUAGAAGUGAAACAGCAGCAGCUUUCAGACCUUUCGGAGUUCCUCCGUCGACGGGGCGAUAUCGAGGCCGAGUAUGCACGCGCCCUGGAUAAACUCACCGAAAGGUUCACGCACAAGACCAAGAAGAAGGAGCAGUGGGGACAGUCGGUGUGUCAAGUCUGGUCCGUUUUGCUGACUCAGACUCGUUUGGAGAGUCGUGAGCAUUCGGCGUUGGGCGACACCUGCUGCAACACGCUCACACAGCGCUUAGUGCACAGUACGGAGGACUCACAUCGGCUGCACAAACGGAGCAAAGAGGUGGGGAUCCAAAUGCAGGAUGAGCUGCUGAAGGUCACCACUGAGCUGCAGACGGCUCUGAAGACGUACAACCAGUACCACACGGACUGUCUGAUAGCCGAGGGCAAACUGAAGGAGGCCGAGCGUUUGGAGGAGAGACACACCGGCAAGUCCGCAGACCUCGGCCUUGGCCUAUCGGGAGGGCAGAGGCGGAGCUCCGUCAAGAAGAUGGAGAGAUUGAUGGAGAAGAGGCACGGCCGAGUGCAGGAGACCCAGCUGAAGUGCACCAAGGCCCGCAACGACUACCUGCUCAACCUUGCCGCGGCCAACGCCGCCAUGAACAAGUACUACCUGCAAGACGUCAGCACGCUCAUUGACUGCUGCGACCUCGGCUUCCACCCGUCCGUGGAGAGGGCGAUGAAGUGCUACCUGGCCAGCAGGUGGCGCAUCCAGAAGACGGAGGAGGCGGGGCUGAAACAGCUGGAGGCUGCGGUGACGUCGCUGGACCAGGGCGGCGACAGAGAUGCUCUGCUUCAGCAGCACGACUCCGCCUUCUGCCUUCCCUUCAGGUUCAACUACCACCCGCAUGAGGGCGACCAGGUGUGCGAGGUGAGUGCGGAGAGCCAGGUGAGGUACGAGCUGGAGACCAGAUUUCAGCAGCUUCAGUCUCGACUCGCUGCUGUCACGCUGGAAACAGAGGAGGUCAGUAAAACCCUCAAAGCCACGCUGAGCGCCCUGCUGGACUGCAUGUGCGACAGCGACUGCAACCCCUCCUCCGACAUACCCGGCGGCCUUUCGCACGAGCCCCCCGGAGGAGGAGCCAGCGCCCCAAAACUUACCCUCGCCAAGCGUCGGGCCAAUCAGCAAGAGACUGAGACAUACUAUUUAACGAAAGUAAAGGAGUUUCUCACCAGCAGCUCUCUGACUUCCAAACUUCAAGCCAAACACGAUCUUCUCCAAGAUGCCAUACAGAAAGCCGAGGCAGUCAACACAGACCCCUCCAGAAGAAGAAGAAGAAUGUCUCGUACACAGAGCACCGGCCAGCAGAUCCCCGUGGUGGUUGAGAGCUGCAUCCGCUUCAUAAACCUUCACGGUCUGCACCAUGAGGGAAUCUUCAGAGUUCCCGGGUCACAGAGAGAAGUGAAUCUGAUCAAGGAUGCGUUUGAGCGAGGAGAAGACCCUCUGUCAGACAGCGAGUGUGACCUGGACUCUGUGGCCGGGGUCUUGAAGCUUUACUUCAGGGGCCUUGAGCCGCCUCUCUUCCCCUAUGACAGCUACCUGCCUCUGCUGGAGUGUGUCCGUAAGACCCUUCUUGUCUCCCUGGCACCAGACGUUUGCCUCUUGCGCUCGCUGGAAUUUGUCACACUUGAUUUCCUCCUCCUUAUUCCACGUGCCGUUGUUUGUUCUCCCCUCUCCCUCCCCUUCAACUUCUGCUUUUUAAAUCCCACACGUUCAGCAAUCGAGUGCAUGACGGAGAAAGCGGCGCAGAUUAAGGCAAUCGUCUCCACCUUCCCACGCCCUCUGCUCAUCAUUAUGCGGUACCUGUUUGCGUUCCUCAAUCACGUGACUCAGUACAGCGACGAGAACAUGAUGCAGCCCUACAACCUGGCCGUUUGCUUCGGGCCCAGCCUGCUGAGGGGGCCGGAGUCGGACGACGCCGUCGCCAGGCAGCCGCAGGUCAACGACCUGGUCAAAACCCUGAUCCUGCAGCAUGACCUCAUCUUCGCCGGCCAGUCGGAAUUGCCCGGCCCCAUCUACGAGAAGCACAUGACUCUCGAGCAGGAGUACUGUGAACCAAUCACGGAGGAAGGAGAUGGCGAGGCCGAACACCUGCCCGGUGAGGACGAAUGGGAAGCCGUGGCGAUGUUCGACUACGUGGCGAGAUCGCCGGCCGAGCUGUCGUUCAAGCAGGGAGAACUCCUCCUUCUUCACAGCAAGGCCUCCUGUGAUUGGUGGAGGGGCGAAGCUGGAGGGGUCAAAGGUCUCAUACCGCACAAGUACAUCAGCGUGCUGGAAGGUUCUGAGAGAGGGAAAAGGGAUGAAGGAGGAGGAGGAGGAAGCACUGGAAAUCUGACAACAGAAGAUCCGCAUACAGAGAACACUGUUCGGAUGCGGGUAAACAGCGACGGCGCUUCGUUGCCAGGGCGACAGAGAGGAAGCGACGGGAGCCCCGGUCGAAAGCCACCAACUUCCCCGGCUGCGAGACACCUGCCUGCGUCUCAAGAGCGAAGACACACCUUGGACACUGUGAGACAGGCAGGGUUCAAACCGGUGGACAGACCUGCAAUUGCUCAGCCAGACAGGACGGCUACCGUUGACAAGGACAUAAUCAGUCGCCAGAUGAACUCCGUGUUCAAGGAGCUCCUGUCUCGCCAGCCGCACAUGCAGGAGCCCACAUUAGCCACCGCCGCCAUGCCCCCCGCUCCUCUUCCUCCUCCUGCUUCCUCCUCCUCCUCCUCUUCUCUCCCCGCCAAAAAAGUGGGCUUCGGUAUCCGAGGACGAGCCCUGUUCCGGCCAGUGGACUGA